AUGGCGAUCAAUGGGUUAGGUUUUCUGAGUCGGACUGAAGAGACACUAUUAGAUGCAAAGUUACGAACUUAUCUAGCAUCGAAAGAUUGUUCCGAUACGAUAAUCGAACCAUAUGUUCAGAAUUGUUGUGAUACGAGGUUAACCAUUGCGUUCGGAGGAAAAAUAACAAUAUUCAAAAUGGAUAGGACAUAUACUGGUAUAAUAGCACAUGACAAUCGCUCGAAAUGUAUGAGACAAUAUUCACACAAUUAUUUCAUGGACCAAAGGAAAAAGUAUGUUACAUAUAGUUCAAUAUUUAACAGCGAUCUUAUCUAUUUGGGCGGUAAUUAUGGUUAUGAUAAACAGUUUAUCGUGUGGCUAUCGAAUUCCAUUUUAUAUCUGUACAGUGGUUUUGAGAAUUUUGCUAAAUGCUAUAAUGCAACAAACAAUGUAUUUUGGAACAGCAAUGGUAUCAUCUAUAUCAAUCAGUGUCCAACUCGAAUACAAGACUUUUGGUUUUUAUAUAACUUCAUAAAUAUCUCAUUCUUUUACACCCAACCAACGAUUCUGGAAAUCCCGAGUAACUGGUAA